AUGUCCGCCAGUUCAAGCACCAAAGCGAAUCAGGGGGACUCCGAUGGCUCAUGGGAAUAUGCCCCCGAUUAUCCAAGGUCCCCACCACCACCGAUGCCUCUUCCAACCUCCUCCGCAAGCAAGGGGGACUCCGAUGAUCCCGUUGUGGAAAUAAAUGAUAUGAAGAACAAACUGGAACACAACUCUUCCUUGGUCCAUUAUUGGACUCAAAAGUGUGUCGGAGCUGAACAGAAGUUGGCUUAUUUGAAUUGGCAAGUUAACAAAGCCCGUUACAGAAAAGAGAAGCAGAGAAUUCGUGCCCAAAGAAGAAAGCACACAGCAAAGAAUUUGCAUAUGACAGAGGAGGAUGCUACGUAUGAAUCUUUGAGCAUCCACAAAGGAGGUGACAACCAAGGCCAUGCAAUGUCUAUGGCUUUCAACCAAGGUUUUGAGAAAUUCCGACGGUUCGCUGCAGAUGUCCACAAAGAUAUUGACUGGGACGCUAUAACCCCGUCUACUACACAAGAAAUCAUCUCUAGCAGUGCACACCCAACAAAGCAAGGACACCAACCAGCAAAAGGCAACGAUAAUAACUGGUGA